AUAUCAAUACAAUCUAUGGGCCCGCAGCGGAUAGCAAAAAAGUUUUUGUGAACUUCACCAAGUUAACCAUUUCCGGUCGAGUCGCACCCUCUGGAUUCUGAGCGCAGUAUUAGCAUUUUACUCUAAAGUUCCUCAACUUUACUAACAUCCGAGAAGAAGCAGAACAAGGUUAACACAUAUUAAAUGAAGUUUUGACAGUUAAAAGAGGAUUUCUGCCAGUGUUUAUGAACUACAUGUAGCAGUGUUUGGCGCCAUUUGUAGAUUCGGGCGUAACCCAUGUUUGCGUUUUAUACGUACACGCCUAGCAAUCAUCCUGUGAUGGACUUGUGCACCAGGGAUGAAUCAUCGUUGUAACAUCACAUCAUAUUACGGGGAUUAACACAGUCAUUCUGGUGGAGGUGAUUAUUUUGGAUUUCCAUCUCGUCUAUAAACAAACCUGAAGUUUUGCACCAGGACUUUACAAACGUAUCAGUCACACAUCCCACCCUGACCAUGGCACUUGAACAGCCUUUCACCCACUGGCCCUUCUCAUCAGCAAGUAACGGUCGCCCAGGACAGCAGAACUCACAACGAAACCUUGACCGCUUUAAAAGAUACGAUACAAAUAAUUCUCCCUUCAUGGAAAUCAGUCCAAUCCCAACCGGACGUGAAUUCGGAACCUUUCCCCGAAAUGAUCGUCAACCCAAGAACGUGGCUCGGAAAGAAGUCACACAAAAUCUAAACCAUCGUGCCAGUCGAGGGUUCCUGUCUCCCGAGGAACUGACACCAGAAAACCAGUUUCUUCCUAUUCUUCCUGAGAACGAAGAACGUACUCGUGAUUACCCGCUCCACGAGCCAGCUUUCCAGCAGGAUAUCCAUCAACACCAGGGUAUCCAUCAACACCAGGUUCAUCCUGAUCGAGACACGACGAGAGAACCCUCGAGAGGGUUGAGUCUAAUGGACAGAUACAGAGAUACCAGUUCAUUCAGACGUACUAACUCAUUAUUAGAGUUCGAACAAUUUAUUGGGCAAGUAGGGGAAGUACCGACUAACCAACGGGAACAGAAUCCGCCUCAUCAAGUCCCAUCUCCACAACAGCGGCAAAGACAACAACCUGCCAUGACUGAGCAGCAGGCAUUCAAGAGGCUGGGUCUCAUUCCACAGCAACAGCAACAGCAAGCAUACCCUGUACAGAACGGUGGUAGUCGUAGACAGCCGAAUGGUGGUCUUAUCGGAGUUCAACAGUAUAGCAGUGGUCGUAGACAAGCCAAUGGAGGUCCGAACGUUAACCAAAGGAAUGGUCUUACACAUCCCAAUGGUAUUCAACAACCUAGAGUUGUGCCUACUUUGAUUCCAAGUUACCCAACGACGGCUAAACCGAUCCACCGCAACCCACCCAGGAAACCAAAACAGCGACGAGAGAAAGGAAAGGAGAGAAAAAAUUUAUGUUGUGGGAUUGGUCUUGUGCUCGCUGGUUUCGUUGUUAUGAGUGGCUUUGUGGCGGCGUUUAUAGCUAUUACCGUUCUCAACGAUGCCUGGCCAAACAGCGGUCUCCUGCUGGCAGGUGUGGUCUUUGGGUUGUUGCUGAUCAUUGUUGGAUUCAUCUUCGCCUGUCAUAGGUGCUAUUCUAUGGAAGAAUAUGAUGAUACCCCUGCACCUGUUGUCGGUGACGUGCAUCCCGUUUGGCAACAAUCUCUUCAGAGGAGCACGCUCGAUCGUCCAGCUAAUUUAGAGGCCAUCCCCAUGACAGACUUGCCUCUUGUUGGGGGUGAUUACAACGAGCAACCACUUGAACCUGACGUACAUGUCAUUGACGGGAAUCUUGGAGAAACGCUACCCAUGAAUGCUGACCCCAGUCCUGUAGCCAAUGGGGUCCCAACACCGCUUGCCUUCGCAACCCCUUUUAGUACGUCGCUGAAUGACUAUGGUAUGUAUUGAUCACCGAGUGAUUGGCAUUUGAAGCAAGGCAUCAGCACAUCAUUAUCAAUGGUGAUCUGUCAAACUUUAAUGACGGCUUUGGUGAACCAGUCAUUUGUACAACAAAUAAAUUUUGAGAGACAUCAUCUAUCAUACAUACUAAAACUGUUUAUCACAUUACUGAAUGACGAUCACCAAAACUGUGCUGCAGUGACGACUGAAUGAUGAUCAUCAGCUGAUCUAACUACCCUUUUCAGUUCAUCAUCAAAUGAUUAUCAUUUAUACUCACCAGAAGAUUAACAUGUCUACUAGGAUUGUCCCUGAAUGGUUGGUGAGGAUCCGCAUCAGGCGCA